UCUUUCUUUUCUCCAUUUCUCUCUCUCUCGCUCUCUUCACAGUACACUCUCUUCUUCUUCUUUCUUCUCUCUCCUCAGGUUUCCAUUUUUAGAAACCAAAGAUCUUUAUACGAUAAGCAGAGCCAUCACCGAAUAUCAUACAUAUAUGUAUGUAUAUGGGACAUGGUUUUGGGGAAAAACAACUUGAAGAAGACUCUUAUGGUUUUCCCAAAAUACCCUUGUGACGUCUUACAUUGCAGAGUACCAUUUAAUGGGUUUGGAGAAAACAAUGCAUCAUUGAGAGAGGUGUGUGUACUAAAUAAAAGAAGAAGGAUGCAUCAAGAGAGCAAGAAUAAGAAGAAGAAGAAACAGAGCUUCUCUAAGGUUUGUAGUAGAGGUCAUUGGAAACCUUCAGAGGAUUUUAAGCUUCAAGAGCUUGUGGCGGUUUUCGGUCCUCAGAACUGGAACCACAUUGCAGAGAAGAUGCAAGGAAGAACAGGGAAGAGUUGCAGACUGAGGUGGUUUAACCAGCUGGAUCCAAGGAUUAACAAGAAAGCUUUCAGUGAUGAGGAAGAAGAGAAGCUACUCGCAGCUCACAGAGAAUUUGGUAACAAAUGGUCUUUGAUUGCUAAGCUUUUCCCUGGAAGAACAGACAAUGCAGUGAAGAAUCACUGGCACGUUCUCAUGGCAAGAAAGUUGAGGAAACAAUCAUCUUCUUACUCGAGGUCGAGGAAGAGACACACUCCUUCUCCCGAUGUAAUAACCUCCCUGAAUCUACAACAAACCUUCAAUCUGUUCCCUGGUAGUGUAAGUGAGGAAAGUACAGAGUUCAAGAACUACAGCUGGAAGAUGCUAAAAGAGGAAACUACUAACCACAAAGCUCAAGAAGACUAUUGCUCGAGUCAUCAUCAUCAUCAUUUCUCUACCUUCCCUGCAGAUUCCUUGGCACUACUCACACCACAUGUCUCAAUCUCUCAACCAUCAUCAUCAUCACCGUCCUCAUCACUGUCAUCAUCAGAAGCAGAAAAUACAAUGGUGGCCAGAUAUUAUGAGAUUACUAAACCCCCAAGGUUUAUUGAUUUUCUCGGAGUAGGAGCUUCUUAAAGG